AUGGAUAGUGGCACUACUCAAAUUCUAAAUUUGCCUGAUGAAGUAUUAUAUCUCGUUCUGAAGAAACUCAACAAUGUUAAUGUACUAUGCUCACUUGUUGGAAUUCAUGACAGACUUGACAGACUUGCAUAUGAUGUGAAUUUUACUCAAACUAUUAAUCUAACUACGGUGUCACCAAAUGGCUCACACAAAUCACUAGCGGACGAUAUUGUGCAUCGAUUUUGCUCAGUAAUUUUACCUCGGAUUUGUGUUAACGUAAAAUCUUUAAUUGUUCAAGCAAAAAUAUUCGAAGACGUCCUUCGCACAAAGAACUAUCCCAACUUACAAAUGCUGACUCUUCACAAUCUGCAACAUAAAGUGGCUGCUCGGAUUUUUACUAAAAACUCGUCGUUUGUUCGAUAUUAUAAACAUCAAAUCACGCGGUUAGUGAUAACGAUAAACGAUAGAUUCGGAAUGAGAUCAGUAGAAACCAUUAUAUGUCGAACCUAUGUUGCUAUUAUUAUGUGGUUUUCAAGGCUACGCCAUUUAAGUGUGGACGGUGGUGAUGGCAGUUACUAUUCACGAAGAUUACUUCGUGGUUUAUCACCUUCAAGAUGUUAUUCUUCUGGCAUUGUUUUCUUAUCGAUCGAUAUAAAAGAUCUGGAUGACUGUCUGUGCUUACUUGAUGGUCGUCUUAGUCAAUUGGAAACAUUACUGGUGAAAAUUCAUCAAGUUCGUUAUUCAAGGAUUAUAAUUAAUAAUGAGAGUACUCUACUGAAAUUGAAAUGCUUUUCAAUGAAAAUAUGUCGUCCAACUCUUGAUUUUCACGAUAAAGUUGUGCCAAUUCUUCGUCGAAUGUCAAAUUUAGAAAAGUUAACAUUGUGUUGUCGUAUUCGUCGACAAAAUUCGUUUAUUGAUGGUCAUUAUCUCACUAAUGAAAUUACUCGCCAUAUGGCUCGUCUUCAUGAGUUUAUGUUCGAUAUUAUCAGCAUCGAGUCAAGAAUUAUUGCCUAUCCUCUUCCAUGUUCAGAUGAUAUUCGACGAACAUUUGUUGAGAAUGGAUAUCACGCUGAUUGUUAUGUUGAGUAUUGUAAUAUUGGAAUCGGACGAUGUCACAUUUAUUCGCUUCCGUUUACAAUGGAUCGUAUACAAUGCAUUACAUCGAGAUUUACCGGUGGAAUGUUUAUGAAUGUCCGCUUUUUACGCCUCGCGGAUUUUGAUCACUCGUUUGAAAAUGCGUUUUUCGCUCUAAUCGCACGUUCUUUCCCGUCGCUACGUAUCUUAUCACUGUCGAAUACGUGCAAAGAUUAUCGCAAAAGAAUUUGUAAAUUCGACAAUAAGAUCCAUGAACGUCAAAUGUUGAAAACGCGUGCAGCAAGCGAUACUCCUGCAAAAAAAUCUGAAGACGUCAAAACAGUCAACGAACUUAUUCCCGGAUCAACAAAUCCGAUCGGAUCUCACCGGAUCCGACAAAAUCCGAUCGGAUUCCUGGAAACGGAAUUGCACUGA